AAUUAAAAUGGAUAGAAACGUGCCAUAUUUCUUAAACUCCCAAUUCCAGAGGUGGAAGCCUCCGUCUCCUCCUCCUUCCCCGAGUUUCCUCUACUGAAGACGCCCACUCUUCUGCCAUAGACUCUUCCUCGACAAUCUUAAGCCGUGUCUUUUUCAUCAAUACCUCACCCCUUCACCUUCAAAAUUACUGUAGUAAAUUCCAAAUGUCCACUUCUCUGCCUUCUUCGUUACCAAACCUCGUCUUCUCCCCCUUUUCUGAUCGAACCAGAACCUCAAACCUUCUUCUUUCCCGCACCCAAUUCGCUUCCUUAUCUACACACAAACCCUUUCUUCGUGGGUCGACCUGCGUCGCUCGUUUCUGGUUCAAACCUGGUCUGUUUCCGGAGCUGGAUGGCGCAGGGGAAGGGGUGAUUAAGGAUUUUUUUGGUGGAGCUGGGAGUAUUCUUUAUACAAUUGCUGAUGCAGUUGUCUCAAAUUCGGAUAUAGUUACCACUACAACCGAACAGAACAAUGAUUGGCUCUCUGGUAUUACCUAUUACAUGGAAAGUGUUUUAAAGGUCUUAGAAGAUGGGUUAUCUGCUUUGCAUGUUCCUUAUGCUUAUGGGUUCGCUAUUAUACUCUUAACUGUUCUUGUUAAAGCUGUCACUUUUCCUUUGACUAAGAAGCAGGUAGAAUCUGCAAUGGCAAUGCGAUCAUUGCAGCCUCAGAUAAAGGCUAUUCAGCAACGGUAUGCUGGAGAUCAGGAGAGAAUUCAACUUGAAACAGCCAGAUUGUAUAAACUAGCUGGCAUAAAUCCAUUUGCAGGAUGCCUACCUACUCUUGCCACAAUACCAGUCUGGAUUGGACUAUAUAGAGCCCUUUCAAAUGUAGCAGAUGAGGGACUUCUUACUGAGGGCUUCUUUUGGAUACCAUCCCUUGCUGGUCCAACUACAAUUGCUGCUCGUCAAAAUGGCAGUGGCAUCUCUUGGCUCUUCCCUUUUGUUGAUGGGCAUCCACCCCUUGGGUGGCCUGAUACCUUGGCGUAUCUUGUCUUGCCAGUGUUGCUGGUUGUUUCACAAUACAUCUCUGUUCAAAUCAUGCAAUCAUCACAGACUAAUGAUCCAAGCAUGAAGAGUUCUCAAGCAAUAACAAAGAUCCUUCCACUAAUGAUUGGUUAUUUUGCUCUUUCAGUUCCUUCUGGUCUAAGCCUAUAUUGGUUCACAAAUAACAUAUUGAGUACAGUACAACAGGUGUGGCUUCAGAAGUUGGGAGGUGCAAAGAAUCCUGUGAGCCAAGAAGACCAACUAUGGAUUCAGAAGACAGUUUCUGAAAUAAAUUCCACAAAGAUGAAGACUGGAGAAGUUGAAAAAUUGACACCAGAGGAUUCCACAAAACCUAAGGCUGGACAAAUUGAAAAUUUGACACCAGAAGGGCUACGUCCGGGCGAAAGAUUUAAACAGCUAAAGGAGCAAGAGGCCAAAAGAAGACUACAAAGAGAAGGAGAGAAGAAGAAAGCUGAAGAGGCUGCUGCAAGAAGAAGUCCAAUAGCAAAUGGUAGUCCUAAAGAUGAAUCGGACAGAGAAAAUGGGGCAACUAUGGCUGGUUCAGAUGCAGUCGAUGAGAAGUCCGCAAACAGCAUUAGCAAUUCCUCCACUGUUGGAGUAGUAAAUGGUGAUUUAUCUGGGCAGAAUCUUAAGAAAGAUGAAAAGACAACUUCAUUGCAGAGUUUGGAAAAAGGUGAAGUUUCCAAUUCUGAGGCCUCUGGAAGGGUUGAACAACAGUCCUUUGAAAAUAAACAAAAGGAAGUAGCUGAAGUGCAUGGUAGCAUGACAAAAGAAAGCAAACUUUCGGAAGACGACAUGCAUCAAGCCACAAGGGAGUGAUGAAACAAAUGUAUGCGGCUAUAUUGGUACUCCAAAUUAAGCAAGGUUAACUGGCAGGAUUGCUGACCUGUUAAGUUGAAUGUGGAGAGCAAGAUUUGUGUUGUCUUGUAAAAAGUAGCACGUGAGCAAGCAGCCUCCACUUGCAUGUCUUGUACUGAUGUUUAUUUCUGAUUGUUGAGGUCUCUGAGGCGAAUUGGGUGUACAGCACUGGUAUUGGGUUGGAAUGGUGAAAUCAAUAGAAAUUUGGAGCAUCACAUGAGCCAUUGCACUUUUUUGUUUUAAGUGAUCCGUGUCAAUGUCAAUUUUGUAUACUUGCAGGUUCUUGGAAGCAAAAAUACACUGUACAAGUAGAAAAAGAGGAGUAAAUCUUUUUUUUUCUUUUCA